UCUUCUAAGCUCAGAUAGUCUGCAGUUGAGAAACUUGAAAGACAGCAGUGUUCAAGUGCCUUUAUCACAAAGCCCCAUUGUCCAAAGAUCUCAAACCAUGCCGCCGCAGAAGGGCCAGAUCAAGGCAGGUCAAGCCUCCUGUCUAAAGCAGACUGAUAUUGGAGUGUUUUUUGGCCUCAAACCGCUCAAGGAGAAGGAGAAAGUGGCUGAGAGUGGACCAAAUGAACUCAACACCACCCCUGUUCCAACACUUGGUGAAAACUCAGGACUGAGGCGACAAAGGAGAGCCAGGCAAAGAAAAAGCAAGGCUGACACAAAUGCAGAUGCCUCACAGGGCACAGGGACUGUAAAUACUAGUAAUGUGGUGGAUAAUCAGGGAGAAGCAGGGAAAGGUAGGACCAGAGGAUGGAGAGGAAGAAGCUGGAACCGAAGGAACGCAGUGGGAGAAGUAGAGUUACCACGUUGUCCCUUCUACAAGAAGAUUCCAGGGACAAAGUUUGUCAUAGAUGCUUUUGGGUAUGGAGAGAUCCAGGGCAUCACUGCCUACUUCCUCACACAUUUCCACUCAGACCACUACGGAGGGUUGACCAAGAACUCCACAUUUCCAAUCUACUGUAACAGAAUUACAGGGAACCUGGUGAAGAGCAAACUGAGGAUAGCAGAGCAGUAUGUCCACAUCCUCCCCAUGAAUACCCAGGUCACCGUGGAGGGGGUCACGGUCAUCCUCCUGGAUGCCAACCAUUGUCCAGGAGCUGCCAUGUUGCUGUUCUUCCUGCCUGAUGGACAGACAGUCCUCCACACUGGAGACUUCAGAGCUGAUCCGUCAAUGGAGACCUACCCUGAGUUACUCAGCUGCAGGGUGCAGACGCUCUACCUAGACACCACCUACUGCAGUCCUGAGUACACCUUCCCCAGGCAGCAAGAGGUCAUCAACUUUGCAGCCAACACAGCCUUUGAACUGGUGACGCUCAACCCACGUACACUCGUGGUGUGUGGAUCCUACUCUGUGGGAAAAGAGAAGGUCUUUCUAGCACUGGCAGAGGUUCUGGGGUCAAAAGUGUGCCUCUCUCGAGACAAAUACAACACCAUGUGCUGUCUGGAGUCGGAGCAAGUCAGACAACGUAUAACCACCGACUGGAAGGCAGCCCAGGUCCAUGUGCUGCCCAUGAUGCAGCUCUCCUUCAAAAAACUGCAGGAUUACCUGGCACGCUUCUCAGGACGGUACGAUCAACUGGUGGCCUUCAAGCCCACAGGCUGGACCUUCAGCCAGAAGGUGGAAUCAGUAGAAGAUAUUCAGCCUCAGAUCAGUGGCAACAUCUCUAUCUAUGGAAUCCCAUACAGUGAACACAGCAGCUUUCUGGAGUUGAAGCGUUUCGUCCAGUGGCUUCAGCCCCUCAAGAUCAUCCCGACAGUCAACAAUGGCAGCUGGGCUAGCAGGAAGGCUAUGGAGAAGUGCUUCAAUGAGUGGCUUAUGGAAACUAAAGCUACACUGUAGUAAACUUUGUUCACAGCUGGACUCAAAAUCGCCUCUAUUGCUCCUUGGUUAUAAGAGUAAAACCAAUUAAUUCUCAAUACUGUAAUGAUGACCAAGUGGAACAAAUAGAGACUGCCUGAUGGACAUAUAGCCUCAGACUGCUGAGCUCAUAACUCUAGUAUUUCAGUGCAGAGUGAGGGUUUGUGAUGAAGUAGGUGAACAUGAAGUGCAUUCACAUCUAUUAUAAAGGUUCUGCUUUUAUCAACAAAGGUCUGAAUUAAAACAACUCUGAAAGCCGUUUUUGUGUAAACAUGAUCUGAGGUCGUACGCACAUUGUCUACAAUUAGACCUGUUUUUUUUUGUAAAAAGUAUUAUACAAUGGAACUGAAUUAAAUGGAUGUGUUCACUGCCUGCUGUGGCCACUUCCACCGUUAGUGUCAACAAUACACUGCUGCUUUAAAAUUGUGCAAUUUUAUAAGUAUCUGUAUUUUAUAAAAAGAAAUAUUUUUAACUUUCUUAACCCACGUUUUUCAUUUUUUUGCAACAUUAACAUGUUCAUACUACUUGUCAAAUGUCAAAAAUUGUACAUGAGAUUGAAGACGAGUUUUAUUAUAAUUUGCAAACUUGGCACAAUCAGUGGUUUUUAAGUUUGCAUUAUUCUGGAUUUUUGCUGCUGUACAUUAAAAUCAUUCCCCAUUAGUGCCUCUUUGGGAAUAAAUAGUGUUGGAGGAAUGCCACUGUUGUAGAAAUGCAAACUUGUCUUGGAACAGUGUGCUGCUGUCAGACCUUUUAAGCAGUUUAUCUCUGAGACAGCAGAGACAUGCUUUACAGAGAUGGCGCUUUCUGAAUCUCAGUUUCUGAUAAAACAGGCUUUUCACA